GCCAAUAUUAUAUUAUAUUUUCUUCGGGACGUCUUCGGAACAAGCCGUCAAAUCCCCGUAUGUGAGACGUGUUUACAUUUUAUUCGAGUUCAAAAACAAAUUUCCACGUAUUUCAUCUGGUCUUCCUUCAUUUUCUGUUAUGUCCAAGAUAUUUGGAAAUUGAUAUUUAAAAUAUACAACUAUACUAACCGUGGCUGUCAAGAAUUUAAUAAAAAUGCGUGGUUGGUUGCUGAGUAUUGGCAGUGUCGUUCUGACAAGUUUGGUGAUAGGAAAUGCAUACUUUCAGAAACAACAGUUCUAUCCUUCUGUCGUGUAUAUAACAAAGUCUAAUCCAAGUUUAGCGGUAGGUUAUGCUGCGAGGAGGAACGUGUGGUGGCUAUUGAUGGCAUUAUUUUGCACAGUCAUGUAAACAGGGGAAAUCUGUUUUCCCCAGACCCAGGGGGGGCUGCUGUCUCUAGAAGACUAGAAGGUUCUGGCUUUACCGAAUUGGCUGACAGUUUAUUCAGGAAAAUCAGAUCUGAGUAGCAACGUAAACACAGCUUUAGUGGGUUAGAUCUGAUUGUGAUUGCAAGAUUUGUCAUUUGCAUGUCAGUCAUGGUUAGCACUAUUUUCCAUCCAGCAAACUGACCUGACGUCAUUUUCAGAAGAUGGAAGAGGUGUUGAAUGGCUAUGUAACUAACACAAAACAUACCCCUACUCUAACCCCUAAUGCACCUAUCAAUGUUAUGCCCCCAGGGGGGGAGGCCGGGCGUACCCUCAGGAUUUGCAAAUUUCGUGCCCCAAGUGUGGAUAUUUACCAUUCUUCGAAGCCCGAGGGUUGGGACAUUUGACAAAUCUUAAACCACAUGUUCUAGUCGCGUGACUACCGCUGACAAGUAAUGCAUUGGAUGCGUUGGGCAACCACAUGGAAAGCAAGCAGAAUGGCGAGCGAAACGAGUAGAAAUAGAAUUGUAACAGAAUUUUUGAAAGUUUUGAAGGAGAAAAACUUGAAUAAUGUUGUUGAAACAUUCAUUGGUCCUAAAUAAAAUUCAAAAAUCAUUCAACAGUUCUGUAAAUAAAAUCAUUUUAAUGAUUUUAAACAACGUUGCUGCUCUAUUCUCAACUGAAUUUGUUAAGUUUGUUUAUUAUGUUCUAUUUAUACUGUGGGGAUUUGAUCCCCAGGGUGGGGAAUAUUUCAAUAUUCGCCUGUAUUUUGUCGCCCCAUAUUGGGGCAUUAAUUAGCUCAAAAUUUUCUUCAAAAAGUCUAAUCCCCACCUAAUCCCGUCCUCCCCCCUGGGGGCUUAACAUUGAUAGGUGCAUAACUGCAACCAUAACCCUAACCCUAACCCUAACCAAAUUAAUAAAAAAAUCCAAAAAGAAACGACUUUAAAAAAUCGAUAGGGCAGUUUGCUGGAUGGAAAAUGGUGCUAACCGUCAGUCAUGCCAUAUUUUGUACUGACGAUCAUUCAAGGAGUAUUCCAGGAAACAUCCAUACCACCUGCCCCCCAGAGGAAAUUGUUAGUCAACUCCCCUUCCAACGUAUUAAUACACUUACUAUUAUCAGAAACAGAUGUUUCUCCCGGUCUCCACUGCCCCUCCAAAAAUUUCAGACUCCUUGGGAACAGGGUGGAUCUUUUCUGAAAUGACCAAUUACUAUGUUUGUCAUAGAAGUGUGCAAACAAACACAAUAUUUGAUUGUGUUCAUGCCCACAGGUGUUGACAAGUUUAGCACUAGACCACUCUCUUGAGAGGUUCUGACAACCUAACCUUCACCCCAAAUUUUACCCUCAAACCAAACCUGAACAGACUCAAAUGUUGACCCAACAAAACAAUUUGAAAAAAACAUGAAUACUCAUUUCACUAGAGCAAGAUAUAGUACAAAUGGGGAAAUAACCUGGAAUCAUUCCUGAAACAAUGCCACUAGACUUGUAAACCCCCCUAGAAUCUCUUGAACCCCUCUUAUACAACCCCACCAAAAUUCAACUCCACCAAAAUUUUGCUUCACCCCUCCCAUUUUGUGUGAAAGUCUUUGGCCCUAAUGCUUGCCAAAGCUCGCUCAGUGGUGCCGCUUGCACCCUACUAGAAAUUUAUUCACCCCUCUUUUUUAAAAAAAAUGCCACUAGACUACAGGGGAAAUGUCUGAAAUGUAAUACAAAGUAUGUCAAAAAGGUGACAUGUUAUUUUAUGUUGAUGUUGUUGUUUAGGUUCUAUAUUUACAAGCUUUUGUGUUUGUGCUGCUUCUUGGACAACUCUCUCGUAAAGUUUUCUUCGGUCAAUUACGUCCUGCAGAAACUGAGGUAAAACAGAUUGACAAGCAUUUCUAGUGAACAAAUCACAAACAUGAACAUACCUAAUAUGUGCAUUUAACAGAAAUAUAUCUUCUCCCUAAAAUGUUCUUCCAUUUCUUUCAUUGUGUGUAGCAUUUGAUAGAGAGAUCUUGGUAUGCCGUAACAGAGACAUGCCUUGCCUUCACAGUGUUUCGAGAUAAUUUCAGUCCUCUUUUUGUCGCUCAGUUCACCAUGCUGUUGUUUCUUAAAUGUUUCCAUUGGCUUUCCGAGGACAGAGUGGAAUAUGUACGUUUCCUUGCCUUAGACAUACAUUUGAUAAUAUCUGUGUUUUGAUGUAUGUUUAUCAAUUGUUUCAUGCCUUUUUACAUAAUUUUAUAGAUGGAACGAAGUCCUGUUAUAUCAUUUCUUUUUCAUAUUCGUGUCAUUUGUAAGUUGAGAUAGUUUCAUAUACGAAGUAUAUCUGUGACAUUUGAUUACAAUGUUUGAGUUGCAGAAAUAUGUAAUAAUCUAUAGCAAUAUUGUUGUCUAGGUUUGUUAACAUUACUUGGUACUCUAGACUCUCUGCUUGUCCACAAAGCAUAUCACAGUGUCAUAAACAGUGGUGCUUCAACACAACUUGUCUUUGGAUUUGAGGUGAUUAAACAACUGCGGCUUUUAUAUUGGGAAUUUAGGCAUCCAGACUCAAUAUAACUAAUUGUAUCUAUACACCUUACAUUGGCAUCACCCAGGGCUGGAAAAAAUAGGUGAGCACUGCUCGCAGGAAAUGUUAAACAGCUGCAGGAAAUUUGUUUGAAUGAAGAUUUGCUAUUGAAAAUUUGAAGGAAACCUUAACACCCAUGUCUCGCUAUGGGUGCAACAACAUAUGGUUGACAGACAUUAUUCCUUGAAUUUAAAGCAUGGUCAGCUAGAACACUAUAUGUUUAUGCACAUGCAGAUUUAGCAUAAAUAUAGUUUGUUGGUCUGCAGGAAAUUUUUGUCUCCAGGUUGCGCUCCCAGGAAGAAAAUUAUUUUUUCCUGCCCUGGUGCCAUCACCUUGAUAUACAGGGUUUUUAAAAAAACUCAAUGGAAAUUCAACAGGCUGUCGUGCAUCAUAAACGUGGCUAAACAAUUCAAUUUUUACAUAGGACGAAAGAACAGUUAUUUAACUUUUCAAUAAUACUCUUUAAAUCGUAACGAUGAGAAAUGGCCACAUACUCGUCAAAUAUAAAUUGCCGGUCGAAAUCACAUUCUUCCACCGUUGGGAAUUGCAUGGAAAACGAAACAUAUAGACAAUUCCCAAGAAAUUAAAAUUGAAUGUUAACUGAAUUAUCUAAAAUGAGCUCAAUCUUCCUUAGUGAGACAAUAAGAACGCCAUUAUUAAACAUGGUUCAAUUAACCACUGAACAGAGAACAUUCGUAUUCGAAAGUUUUACGAAACAAAUAGCUUGCGGCCACAAAUAGCUUGCUUUUGGAUUGACUAACCUUGGCAUAAUUAAUGUAUUUUCAAUUCCCAACGGUGGAAGAAUGUGAUUUCGAGCUGCAAUUUUUAUUUGACGAGUAUGUGGCCAUUUCUCAUCGUUACGAUUUAAAAAAGGUAACGGAAUUUCCGUGUACAAGAUCCUUCAACAAUUAUGGCAAUUGUCUCUGUUUUGUUUUAGUAUGCAAUAUUACUGACAAUUGUUGUUGCUGUAUUCAUGAAAUAUGUUCUACACACGAUUGAUCUUCAAAGUGUCAAUCCCUGGGAGAAUAAAGCUGUUUAUAUUUUGUACAGUGAACUUGUGAUGGGUGAGACUUCUACUUUGCUUUGUUUUACUAAAUAAUGAAAUUUUUUGACCACAUGGUAGCUAGCUGUUCUCAAUUCUCAUUUUAGGUUUUAUAAAAUCAUUUUUAUACAUCACUUUUAUGGUAAUAAUGAUCAGAGUGCAUACAUUUCCAUUAUUUGCCAUCCGACCAAUGUACUUAACACUAAGGUGAGAAAUGUAUUUCCCCGUGAUUUUGUGUAUUUAAUUUUCCUUAAUUUGACAACUACAGAUUUUAAUCUCUCUCUCUAGAUCAUUUAAGAAAUCGGUCAGCGACGUAAUCAUGUCAAGACGUGCUAUUCUAAAUAUGAAUACACUGUGAGUUUUCAAGUUAUCAGUAUUUGAGAUGGUAUAAUUGGGAGCUUAGAUCCUUGUCGUCUAUCUUUCUCAUGUUAGGUUCUAGAUAUUUAGAUCAUCUUUUACACACUCCAUGCAUAUCUUCUAUUUUUCUUCAGGCCUGUUUUAUACGUCGAAUUUUGGUCGCGUCGAAUGCAAUUCAAACAAUAGAUAAUGAAGUUUAAUGAGGUUUAUCAUCUCAUUAUCUAUUGUCUUCAUUGCAUUCGACACGACCAAAAUCCGACGUGUAAACCAGGCCACAAUGUCUGUCAGUCUUCAUUAUGUACCUCUUAUUACAUAUCCAUGCCAUCUUUGCCUUGCUUCCCUCAUCUUCUCUGCCAUGUCUAGAAAGAAUAAGAAAGGAUAUAUUUUGGACUCCGUGUCUAUCCAUCUUCAUUACUUCUUAUUACAUAUCAUUCUUUGCCUUGCUUCCCUCAUCUUCUCUGCCAUGUCUAGAAAGGAUAAGAAAGGAUAUAUUUUGGAUUCCAUGUCUAUCCAUCUUCAUUACUUCUUAUUACAUAUCAUUUUCUUUGCCUUGUUUCCCUCAUCUUCUCUGCCAUGUCUAGAAAGGAUAAGAAAGGAUACAUCUUGGACUCAUGUCUAUCUAUCUUCAUUACUUUUUAUUACAUAUCAUUCUUUGCCUUGCUUCCCUCAUCUUCUCUGCCAUGUCUAGAAAGGAUAAGAAAGGAUACAUCUUGAACUCCGUGUCUAUCCAUCUUCAUUACUUCUUAUUACAUAUCAUUCUUUGCCUUGUUUCCCUCACCUUCUCUGCAAUGUCUAGAAAGGAUAAGAAAGGAUACAUCUUGGACUCCAUGUCUAUCCAUCUUCAUUACUUUUUAUUACAUAUCAUUCUUUGCCUUGCUUCCCUCAUCUUCUCUGCCAUGUCUAGAAAGGAUAAGAAAGGAUACAUCUUGAACUCCGUGUCUAUCCAUCUUCAUUACUUCUUAUUACAUAUCAUUCUUUGCCUUGCUUCCCUCAUCUUCUCUGUCAUGUCUAGAAAGGAUAAGAAAGGGUACAUCUUGGAUUCCAUGUCUAUCCAUCUUCAUUACUUCUUAUUACAUAUCAUUCUUUGCCUUGCUUCCCUCAUCUUCUCUGCAAAAUCUACCACCUGACAUCAUUUUCUGAUCUCUUCAUUAACACUGGAUAUAUUUCACCUUGCUGUAGUUAUCCAGAUGCAACACCAGAAGAACUGGCUAGCGGAGACAAUGUUUGUAUAAUUUGUCGUGAAGAGAUGAUGACGAACGCUAAGAAACUGCCAUGUAACCAUAUAUUUCACAUCAGUUGUCUACGUUCCUGGUUCCAGAGACAGCAAACAUGUCCAACAUGUCGUAUGGAUGUUUUACAACCUCAGCAACCUCGGCCGCCAGCCAUGCCAGCCAUGCCUCAAGGUCUGCAUCGUCUCAAGAUUUUAAAAUUAAGCCUGGUUUACACUAUCAAAGUUUCUCUGAUCACAGAAAGAAUCUUGCAUCAGUAUAAGUUCUAAGUUUUGAAGGAUUUGUAAGAAAUGUUUGAGAGAACUGACACGUGUUUUAACAAACAUUUCUUCCUUCGUGAUCACAGAAUCUUUGAUAGUUUACACAACCAGCCUUUAGAAGAACACUUUCUUGAUCAACUGCAGUUCACAAUUUUAAGUUGCCUAUUUAUCGUGAUGGCAACUGACCGAUUUAUUCUGGAGAUAAAUCACCAUUUUAGAUUCGUCGUCUGACGGAUCAUCUUUCUAAGUGCAAACAAACUAACCCGGUAAAGACCUACCUAAAAUGCUCAUGUUUUGUGAUUGGCUUUCAGAAACAAAAAUGGUCAUCGUUCGUGACUCGUUCUUUAGAAAGACAAUUUCUAUAGUUUUAUUGUCUUUCAUUGUUAUAAUCAACCAACCACGAGCCUGGAUAGUGUAGGUAGAUGAUGACCCACUAUCCACACAAACUAGCCAUAAUAACGCAACCUAUACUGGCAAGCGUUCUUAGUUUGACAUAUUUAUACAGUUAUAGUAUGCAUAGAAAUGAUCUCAUCACUUUUUAUGUACAUCUAGGUAUACCACCUCAUGGAGCUCAUAUGCCCCCACCUUUCCCAAUGUUUCCCAUGGGGUUCCCUCCUGUCCCACCACCUGGUGUACCUCCAGGUGCCCCACAGCAAGGUCUAGGUCCCACUCCACCUCAGCCACCCACUACACAAGGACCAUCAUCAUCAACGACUCCUCAACCGUCGUCUAACCCGGUGAGUGGAACCUUCCUUUUUUGUCAUAAUAUGCGCUCUAUAAUUGUUAUUACAUGAUCAUAAUAAUAGAUUUGAUAAUAAUUGCUAACUGUGUAACCUUUGUCUUCAAAUGGGGGCCCGUAUUCUGACUGACAACUGGUUUAUAUUUUCAUCUCUAGAUUCCAGGCACAUUGCCACCAUUUUUCCCGCCACCCUUUCCCAUGUUUCCAUCUCCAAUGUUUGGUAAGUAAAGGUUACUCGUGAGAGCGCACUCAAUGGGUUAACCAUUAAGUUGUAUUGCGCCCUAAUGUACUCUACUCUGUUAAUUUACUCCGUUUAACGUCGAACUAUUUUGCGAGAGCCCUUACGACGUUAGAUUCAUUAACAUGUUCUGUUCAUGUCAUGAUCUUAUGAAUAACUCUCCUUUAUACAGCAUAUUCCAUUAUGUAUUUACACUUGUAUACUAUACAAAAACUUGUGGUUAGAGCUUGACAACUGUCUCUCUGUCUGACUCGUCCCCAGUCGUCUCUGUGAGCACGCGCGAAUUGCAGGUCUCUCUGUACCUCAGUUGGUAGAGUGCUCCGCAGUUUCAAUUCCUGCCAGAGGGUCUACUGUAUAAUUGAAUUUUUCGCAACUUCUCCUGGUUAGGUUUAAUAAAUGUAUAAACUUUACACUCGAAAUUUCCAUCUGCAAAACCCUUCAACAACAUUGUGUAUUCUGUUUCUGAAGGGUUCCCUUUUCCUCGCCCUCCUUCAAGUGGAAACACUUCAUCUGCAACAAUGGAAGAACUGCGAGCAAUGGAAGGCGAGGAACGUGAGAAUGUGGAAGCUCGUAUUGCAGUGUUGAGAAAUAUUCAUUCUUUACUGGAUACUGCCAUCACGCAGUUGAAUCAAUACUCACAAGCGGUGGCUGCUACUCAAACGUAAGUCGACGCUUUUUCUUCCGUCACUCACUGACCUCUAUGUAUAUCUGGAGUGAGAAGUCCAGAAACUGAAGUCAAGAUGGCGGAAAUUGAAGAGUCAGUCCCUUUGUUUUUGUCUUUAAAGAACAACACUAUGGUUUUAUGAACUCCUAACUUGUUUAGCAGUCCGUUACAAAAAACCUGGAAUUAGCUGGGGGGAAAUGGUAAUGACGUUUGCAAUGACGUCAUUUUGGGAUUUCAGUUGACGGGCAAGUAUAACAAAAAACAGCUAUUUUAAUGUAUUGAUUGAGUUUAAGACUCAAAAGAUGAAUUACCGUUCAGUUUUUCUUGCUACAACCAUUCUGAUAGGAGAAAAAUCGCCCACAAUUUGUUUCAUUGCCCGUCAUUUAAGAAUUAAAACUGUUUAGGAGCUUCGUAGCUAUUGGACGUCAAUUUCCGCCAUCUUGGAUUUAUUUUUCUCGCUCCUGAAAUACCGAAGUUCUCGCUCCAGAUAUAUAGAGCUCAGUGAUGUACUCUUACCGAGACCCAGGAAACACUCGUGUUUCUAACUGUUAGUAAUUUUGAACUAUCAUUAGGCCUACUUUCAUGUCAGGACUUGAACCUCAAGCUGGUACCAGCACUGCUCCAAUCUCCACUUCUCAAGAUCAGAAUACCGAUGAAAAUAUUGUCUCGUCCACUGCUGAUGUUCCUGGACCGAGUUGGGCGGUAGUUGACGAAGAUGUAGCGACGACAGACGGCGAAACACGAAGUAUACCCGAGGCUAGCACGGGAGUAGAGACAUUGGCUGAGGAUUACGCCUCACAUAACGAUUUACGUCAGAGAAGAAUUGAACGUUUUUCAUCCCAACCUAAUGAUAAUCAGGAUGAGGAAUAGUUAAUGAUCAAACAUUGAGAUAAAAUAUAACUACAUUAUUUGCAAGAUAUUGUAGAAGAUGAAGAAUAGAGUGAAUACUAAACUAAGUCAGGUUUUCAUGUGAUGUUCGCCUGCGAGCAGGCUACUGUGAUGUGAAAUAGUCUAUCCAUAGUCAAAAGAAUAAGAAGGUCAGGGAACUCGAUGCAGACAAAAUAGACCUCAUUAUCUGUUGUUUUUGUCUUGCUUUAUGCAAGAAAUGGUCGGUUCAUCGUCACGUGUGUAUUGUUUCUUUCUCUAGAGCAACUAUAAUAGCUAUGUUUUCAUUUAACCAUUGUGUAAUAUCACGACUGGGUAAUUAAACCAACACACUGCGAUCGGUUGGUUGGGCAAAAAAGACAAUACACACGUGACGAUGAACCGACCAUUUCUUGCAUAAACCAAGAGAAAUAGAUAAUGAGGUUUAUCAUGUCUGCUCCUUGUUCUAUCGACUAUGGGCUAUCUUAUCUUUUGCGUCUUGUAUGCGUUCACAAAAAUAUUGCCGUUGCUGAUUGCGCAUCAUGAUUACGAUUAGAAAUAUAUCGAUACUGUAUUGUAUCAGUGACAUUGCUUGCGGCUGUCGCAAC